UGCAGACCAAGAACUGCAGAGCUGAUGCUCUUAUUUUGAAGGUCUCAUCUCGCUGUUCUUACAGCUGAAGCUCAGACUGCAGACAGAAGAGCAGCUGACAGCUGAUCUGUGAAGCGACUGUUUGCUGUGUGGAGCAGGUUUGUGCUGCUCAGUCAUGGAUCUAGAUCUCACCAUCAUCCAUCAUGCUGCAGGAAACACCAUUUUAGGAUGAAAAGUGUUUGAGUCAGACUUCAGUUUCACAUCAGUGACAACACAGAUCUCUGAAGAAACAGGAUGAGUGUUUGGGAAACACAUCUCAGUGGUCGACACUCCAGGAAUCUGAGACAGCGAGGACACUACAGAGGACAUUAAGAACUACUGUCAGCAUCUACUGAAGUCCAACAAACAAUGUCUGUUCCUGGUGGUUCUCAGCAUCAGGAUGUUCACUCUGGAGGAUCAGAAGGCUGUAGACACAGCUCUGAAGAAAAUGAAGGUAAACUCCCAGAUGUAGAGAGGAUGUUUUCAGAGGCAUCUCACCUCUUCAACAAUGAGGAUGGAGAUCAGGAACAAGUCCAAGAUCUGCUGCUGAAGACCAGAAACCUUGGAGACCAACAACCACUGGACCCAGCAGCUGGUUUGGAGGUUCAGAGGAGGAUCGUUCUUCUUGGUCUACCUGGAGUUGGGAAGAGUGCUUCAGGAAACACCAUCCUGGGAUCUGAGAAGUUUGACUGUAACUUUAACUCAGUCAGUACAGAGUGUGUUUCUGAAUCAGAAUCAGUGGACGGUCGGCUGCUCCAAGUGGUCGACACUCCAGGAUUCACUGAAGAAGUUCUGAAUCCUGAGCAGCUUUACGAGGAGAUCAUGAAGACGUUAGUGGAGGCCAGUCCAGGACCACAUGUCUUUGUUAUUGUGGUCAGAAUAGGAAACAUCUCUGUAGCAGACCAGAGACUGUUUGAGUUACUGCCCAAACUGUUUGGAGGAGAUGCCUCUAAGUACACCAUGGUGCUCUUCACUCAUGGAGAUGAACUGAGAGGUAGCUCCAUGGAUCAGCUGAUCCAGUCCAACAGCUAUGUGUCUGAUCUGGUGUCCAUGUGUGAUGGGAGGUACUGUGUGUUUGACAACACUCAGAGAGGAAGGAGGCUGCAGGUCAGAGAGCUGCUGAAUAAAAUAGAUGAGAUGGUUGCAGCUAACAGAGGAGAACACUGCACCUCUGACAUGUUCAGGAUGGCUGAGACCUUCAUCAGAGAGGAAAAGAACCAAGCAGCUCAGUCAGCUGGUAGUAAUCGUCCAGGUCAGUCAGGUGGAGCCAGAGAGAAACCAGAUAAGUAUUCAGCAUGGGAAAGUAUAAUACCUUAUGUAAUAGGUUUUGGGGUGGCAGGUGGGGUGGUCGGUAUAGUGGUAGGUGUAUCCACAGGCAACUGGGUAGUUGGAUUGUUAGUUGGUGUGGUUGUUGGGGUGAUAGGUGGGUUUGCAGGUGCGGUGGCAGGUGGGGUGGUAGGUGGGGUGAUAGGUGGGGUGGCAGGUGGGGUGGCAGGUGGGGUGGCAGGGGUGAUGGCAGAUGGAGUGGUGGUGGGGUUGCAGGUGGGGUUGCAGGUGGUGUGGCAGGUGGGUUGGCAAGUUGGGUUAGAGAUGGGGUCAGAGGUGCAGUAA